GUUUUUAUAAGUAAACAACGCAAGAAGACAAAGUUAUAUUCCUAACAAAAGUUAAAAAAUUUUUAGUAAAAUAAGGUGAUAAUAAAAUAAUUUGUCAUAAUACAGGACAUCAGGACGUACCAUGUUAUGCCGUAUGUGCUUACAAGAGUCAGGCGAAACUAUGCCUUUGUUUUUUGAAGAAGGCGAUAGUUUGAAUAUUCCCGAAAUAAUAAAUAAACACUUUUGGUUUAAGCCUUUGCCGAACGACAAAAAAUCUUCGAUAAUUUGUAAAGAGUGUUGGGGCAAAAUUGCCGAUUUUCAUGAUUUUUAUGAAGCUGUAAGAGUUGCCCAUGAAGGUUACGAGUCGAAGUUGGAUAUAACCAGAUAUAAAAGUGAAGAAAUUGAUAUUAAGCAGGAGGAUGAAGAGCGAUUCGCUGAAACUCUCUUGAAUGUUGAAACGGAAAUGCUCGUUGCUCCCGAUCAAAGAUCUAAUAGUGAACCCAAUCCAUUGGACGAAAUCGAGGUUGAAAAAUGUAUGACUGCUAACGUAGCCAACUUUUCAGAAGAUGAAGAAGAUAAAACCAAACCUGAUUUUAGUACUUCUGAUAGUGAAUAUCUAAUGCCAAGAAAAAAAAAAAUCAAACUUGGCAAGAAGAUUUCUAAACGAAAAUCAAGUAGGAAAAACGUAGAAGAUACCAAAAAACCGAAGAGAACAACAAGAAAGUAUGAUCCAAUAUUAAUAGAAAGCUUAAUAAAGAAACAUAUACGGAUGGUGUGUAAUUUAUGCGUCUUUAUUGGCGAGACAUUUGCAGAUAUUGUGCAACAUUUUAAUAGCAAUCACCCCAAUGAAAAACCUUAUGUUAUGUGUUGCGAACGUAAAUUGAAUCAAAGAUACCUAUUGAAUCAACAUGCUUUAAAACACGAAGAUCCAGAUUACUUUAGAUGUCACAGCUGUCAAAAAUCGUUUGUUGACAGCAGUUGUUUAAGGGCGCAUGUUUUAUGCCAUCACGCUACCGAAGAGGAGAAAACCCACGCUUGCGAAUUAUGUCCACAACGUUUCGCACGCAAACAAUUUUUGGAGUACCACAAAGCGACGCAUAUACCUCGAGAGGAAAGAACUUUUAUUUGUGCCAAAUGUCCGACACGCAAAGCUUUCGCUACUGAUUAUUUAUUACAAAUACACUAUAGCAUAAGACAUAAGCGGGAAGCUAACGUGUGCCACGUUUGCGCCAAGACGAUAAAUGAUAAACGCUGUUUCGAAAAGCAUGUACGAGGGCAUUUUGAAAAUAGCGGCCCACGCUUGCAAUGUCCGCAUCCAGGUUGCGAUAGUUGGUUGAAAGACGAGGAUAACUUAAAGCAACACUUAAAAACUCACAACCCCGACUGUAAAACUUAUCAAUGCCCGGAAUGCGGGAAAUUUUGCAAAAAUCGCCGCGCUCUAACCAAUCAUAAGCGUAAUGCGCAUUCCACCGAAAUAUUUAAAUGCGAACAAUGCGAUAAAGAAUUUAAAAGAGCAAUUGCUCUGAAGGAACAUAUGGCUCAGCACACGGGAGAAACAUUAUAUAAAUGUCCCUUUUGUGCGAGAACGUUUAAUUCGAACGCUAACAUGCAUGCACAUAAAAAGAAAACACACCCAGCGGAAUGGAAUGAAUGGCGUAAACUACAACGUGGUAGUAUUCAAAUCUUAAAUCAGAGAAGCGAAACUUUGGAGAACAAUUUGAGUAAUAACUAUUGAACAAUAAUAGGCAAAAAUAAGAAAGAGAACAUUAUAAAUCUUGAUGCGAUUUUUGAGAAUCGAAUAGCUGAAGUAAUUGCACUAAAUUUUCUUUUAACACGCUACGUAAGUUUCAAACUGAGAGGUAUCAAAGUAUCGUUUGAAAAAUAAAAGCAUACACCGUAUUUUUAUGCCGAUAAAAAUAUAUAUUAAUUUUAUAUGUUAAUGAAAAAAAAGAAGGCAUGUUCUCAAGAUUUCUAACG